CUCCUCCUCCUCCUACUCCUCCUCCUCAUCCCUCGUUCUUUUCAAGGCUUUCCAGCAGCAGAGAGCUCUCACUCUUUCUGAAUCAUGCAUCUGUCCUGGAUUCUGCUGUUGGCCGCAGGGUGUGUGGUGUGUGGUGCGUCUCCACCUCGCGCUCUGUGGCAGUUCGGUGAAACGAUCACUUGCGUUCAGCCGAACGUGAAUCCGUUCGUUUACAACAACUACGGCUGUUACUGCGGCUUCUCCGGAUCCGGAUCUCCUAAAGACCAAAUCGAUCAGUGUUGUCGGGUGCAUGAUAAGUGCUAUGAGAACGCUCGGAAACUUCCAGAAUGUCCCGGUGUAGCGAACCUGCCCUACGUCAAAGUGUACAACUUCACCUGCUCUGAGAAAACCAUCACCUGUUCAGCCUCCAAUGAUAAGUGCCAGGCCACAGUGUGUGAGUGUGAUCGAGUCGCUGCAAACUGCUUCUCUCAGCAUCAUCACACCUACAACCCCAACUACAAAAACCUCCCGAAGGAAGAGUGCAAGAACUGAGAGACGCCACACACUGGGACUAAACACCACACUAACACUGUCUCCACUGACUAAACACCACACUAACACUGUCUCCACUGACUAAACACCACAGUAACACUGUCUCCACUGACUAAACACCACACUAACACUGUCUCCACUGACUAAACACCACACUAACACUGUCUCCACUGACUAAACACCACAUUCACAGAAAGAAUAAAGAAUAAAGCAGUGACUCUGA